AUGAGCGAGAGGAGCGAGAAGAGAGAGGAGCGAGAAAAGAGAGGCGCGAGAGGGGCGAGAAGAGAGAAAGGAGCGAGAAAAGAGAGGAGCGAGAAAAGAGAGAGGAGCGAGAGGAGAGCGGAGAGAGGAGCGAGAAGAGAGAGGAGCGAGAAAAGAGAGGAGAGAGAGGAGCGAGAAGAGAGAAGGGCGAGAAGAGAGAGGAGCCAGAGGAGCGAGAAGAGAGAGGAGCGAGAGGAGAGAAAGGAGCGAGAAAAGAGAGGAGCGACAAAAGAGAGGCGCGAGAAAAGAGAGAGGAGCGAGAGGAGAGCGGAGAGAGGAGCGAGAAGAGAGAGGAGCGAGAAAAGAGAGGAGAGAGAGGAGCGAGAAGAGAGAAGGGCGAGAAGAGAGAGGAGCCAGAGGAGCGAGAAGAGAGAAGAGCGAGAGGAGAAAGGAGCGAGAAGAGAGUGGUGCGAGAAGAGAGAGGGGCGAGAAGAGAGAGGAGCGAGAAAAGAGAGGAGAGAGAGGAGCGAGAAGAGACAGGAGCGAGAAGAGAGAGGAGUAAGAAGAGGGGAGAGAGAGUAG